UUGAUAAUCAGAAACGUCAAAUCCUCCGAUUAUGGGAACUACAUGUGUUCUGUGAAAACGAGUAGAUUUCAAGUGAAGGUCUUCAAGUUUAGGCUUAUCAAAGCAGGUGUUGUUGAUGUUAGCGGUCUGGUUGGAGUCGGAGUCAGAGCUGCAGUCAUUGUAGCUAUAGCCAGCGUCGGUGUGGCAAUUGUUCUAUGGAAACGUGCACUGGUACGUCGGAGAAAGAGGCAGAGUAGACAACCCGCAAAUGACACUGCAGAUUACGAUGAUACGAGGGUUGUAUUCACAACCCCCGGAAAUAUUUCUGUAAAUGACGAUAUGGGGAGUGAUGAGUACGAAAGUUAUGCUUCUCAGCCCGAAAGCGCGGCCGGCCAAAACCCCGCAGAGCCCAGGAUUACGGGGCACCACGUUCAAGAACACGGAGUCCUUGGGGAUGCGCCUGCGUCCUCAGAUAAGGACGAGGCUGCUUACGACUAUCUGCAAAAUUACACCGUGAAGCUACAUGAAUGUGUUUUAGGUCAGAAAACGAUUCCUGCUCCCAAGGUGAAUCGGGCAGAUCCGGAGUAUACUGUCCCUUACGAACACAUGCAAAGGAGGCCAGAGUCAAAAUACACAUACAACGACUCACCAAUCCUCUCACAGGGACAGCCAGACCGAAGCAAGGCCAAGUGUGAUUCGAGACAAGUCGAUGGAGCCGAAUAUUUGACUCCAACUCGCUCGAGUGACAAUGCGUCUCACGUUAAGGAGUCACCAUAUGCACAUCUAGAGCCAAUGGAAACGAUACAGUAUUUAGAUUUCACACAGCUGAGUCCGGAACAAUUGAUCGAGGUCGAUUUAUAAUUUCAAAGGAGGAACAUGGCCGUGUUCGUUCGUGGUUGUGAUGGUUGUGGUAUUGAAACGACCAGGGUUUUUGUUCAUCAAGAUCAUCUUCGUUUUCUAAUGACAACACUACCCCUGACUUCCCCAGGUUUUUAUGUAUGAUCCAGUAGUUUUGUGUGUGAAGAUCA